AUGGUUUUGACUCCUCCUACCACCCAUGGCUUUAAACUCAACUUUGAUGGGGUUGCCAGAGGGGGCCUGGCUACUAGUGGAGGGAUCAUCAGAACCCACAUGAGGGCCCUUGUUGCUGCAUAUGCAGGUAACCUGAAUGGGCACUCCUCUAAUCAGGCUGAAGCAAUGGCCUUAGCCUGGUGGAUUCAUUUUUCCCUCACUAGGGGAAUCAGGUCAAUGGAUAUUGAGGGUAAUUCCAAGCUCAUCACAGAUGUUGUCAAAGGGUGGAAUAGGCUUAACUUGACCAUUGAGGGAACCAUCAGGGACACCCUAAGGCUCAUUUCUGGGCUCAACUCAUUCAGACUCAUGCAUGUAUUCAAAGAGGGUAACAGAGUGGUUGAUGCUUUGGCUGCCCUUGGUCUAAAUAUUUCUGGGUUAAGAUGUUGGAGGAGCCAGAAUUCCCUCCCAGACCACAUCAACUACCUUCUUUACGGAGAUAAAUCUGAAAUAUCUAUCAAUGAUUGA